UGUCUGUCUCCUCCUCGACGUGCACGUCUCCUGGCAGGGGUCUCGCGCCAAGUCGCCAUGUAUCAUCUUCGAUGAGGCUCGGCCGUAAUCUCUUGCCAUACUCGCGCUUGUCUUAUCUGCCAACUCCCAUCUCCGCCGGGUGUCGCUGCGCGCAUAGCUAAAGGGCGCGCCCCUCUGCGCUCUCGAGCCACCCCGCGCCCUCUUCCCCGACAGCCGCUGCCGCGCCCAUGUCCUCCCCGACGGCCGUCUUCGAGCAUGCCUACUACAUCGGCGGCCAGUUCGCCACCAUCCUCUACGGCGUCCAGCUCGUCCUCUUCUUCGCCACCCUCCGCGCCUUCCGCCGCAACUCGGACGCACGCCAUCGCAAGUCCGACCGCUUCUUCGCCGUCUACAGCACCGUCAUGACGCUUCUCGUCACUGUCGACGUCGCCACAAAUGCGGUCUGGGGAGAGCAGAUGUGGAUCACCAGUCGCGCCCAGCCCGGCGGUGUCGAGGGCUUCAUCGCGACCGAGACCAGCGUGUGGUACGAGACGCUGUCGUCGACCUCCGUGGUCGCCCUGAUCUUCAUGAGUGAUGCUUUGCUGAUCUACCGCGCCUUCGUUCUCUUCGCCUCCAACUACUUCAUCAUCGUCCUCCCCGUGCUCAUCUACCUCGCCGCCUUCGCCCUCGCCAUCAUCGAGCUCGUCAUCGCCGGCACCCCCAACGGCAACUUCUUCGGCACGCGCGCGGCCUCGUUCGGUGUACCCUACUAUGCGCUAACUAUCUCCCUCAACACCCUCCUCACGCUCCUCAUCGUCGCGCGCCUGCUCACGCUCGCGCGCGCCGCCCGCGCGUCCAUGGGCGCCCCCGCCGCGCGCCUCUACACCGGCGUCGCCGCGCUCAUGGCCGAGUCCGCCGCGCCCUACGCCGCGCUCGGCAUCAUGUUCCUCGUCCCGUACGCGCGCGGGAGCGACACGAGCAUCGCGUUCGGGCAGGUGUGGGCGAAGGUCACGUGCAUCGCCCCGACGCUGAUCAUCUACCGCGUCCUCACGCGGCGCGCGUGGGACGCCGGCACCGUCUCCGCGCUGACGGGCGAGCGCAAGCACGCUGGCGCGGGCGUGGAGUCGACCGCGAUGGAGUUCGUGAGCGGCGCGCUGGAGACGGGCGUCAGCAGCACGGCGAAGGGGAGUAAGAGCCAGAUCGGCGUGAUAAGCAAGAUGAGCGAGAAGGACGUGGAGACGGGGUAUGGGAGCAGUCGCGAGGAGCUGACCCCGGUGUAACUAGGAGGGCUCAGCAGGUGCUUGUAUGAGUAUGUGCGGGUGCACCUUGGAGUGUAUUUUCAUGGGUUUCGCAUCUUGUUGAUUUUCGACAUGUUUUGCCUAUGCAUUCGGGCGAAAGCCCCUUGCGACUCCUAGUCCCACUGUACGGGCAAGCCCCAGACCAGUAAAAUGAGGAUCACAGCUUGCUUGCGUCA